AUGUCUCCUAAACAUCAUACUCUCAAAGCUACUUACAGUUAUCAAAACCCAGGAUUUCAAUCGAAUAUCAAUGAUAGGAAACUCCAAUAUCGAAGAACAGUUUCUUAUAAUGAUUACUAUACAUUGGAACAAGAACAAGAACAAGAACAAAAAUCAAUACUACCAUCAUCAUCAUCAUCGUCACCAAUUGCUCAUGUGUUAAUACCGAUACCAGAAUUAACAGUACCUAUUAUUGAUCGUAAUAUAACAAAUGGACGACAACGAUUUCGUUGGAAUUUAAUGUUCAAUGUACUUGUUUGGCUUAUCUGUCCAUUACCUAUUUGGCUACCAUUUAUUUCAAAUAAAAUUGCCAUUUUUCUCUUAACUUCUAUUCAAUGUAUUUUUGUAUUGAUUUGGUUUAUUAUUACCUUACUUGCAGCACGAAAUGCAUUCAUUAUUUUUCAUUGUUAUAAAGAACCACUAGAAUUAAUCAAACGAAGUAUAGAUACUCUUGCAGCACAAUCUGAAGUUAAUCGUAUUUCAAUGAUUAUUUCUUUUGAAGAACGUACACCAGAUGUACAUACUAAAUGUCAAACAUUACAAAAUUAUUAUGCUCAAGCUGGAUUUCGAGAUCUUAUUUUUACUAUUCAUCCAUAUGGAUUAGCAAAUGAAAUUCCAGGUAAAUGUUCAAAUGCAAAUUAUGCUUUACGUACAGCAAUUAAACAAUUAAAAUUAGAUGAAAAUGAAAAUGAAAAUGAUAAUCAUAAUCAUACAUUAAUAACAACAUGUGAUGCUGAUUCACAAUUUCAUCCUCAUUAUAUUGCUGCAUUAACUUAUCAAUAUAUCAAAGAUAAUUAUCCAGCAUUAACAACAAUAUAUCAACCACCACUUUUUUAUAAUUGGAAUUUAGAUGCAUCAUCAUUUUUUACUCGUAUUACAGGUCUACUUCGAAGUACAUUAAUGUUAGGUGCAUUAAUACCAUUUUCAAUAAAUACAAUGAGUAUAUUUUCAUUUUCAUUAUCAUUAGCUAAAGCUGGUAAUUUUGUUCAUCCAGCUUAUCAAAUGGAUGAUAUAAUAUGUCUUAUUCGAUGGAUGGGUGUAACAGGUCGUCGUCUUUCUAUAAAGAUGGUUUUAACACCUGUUAUAAGUGGACCAACAUGUGGUCGAACAAUUGAGUAUGAAUUUAUGGAAUGGACAAGACAAGCAAGACGAUGGACUAUAGGAGCAGCUGAAGUUUUUCAUUAUUUUAUGAUUAAAUCUCGACGUAUUCCAUUUUUAACUUCAUUAUCAUGGUCAAUAACAUUUCUUAUCUAUUAUGGUGUAUUACUUUGUUCAAGUGGUCUUUAUGGUCUAACAUAUUUUGUUGCUAUACAAUUUCUUCUUAAUGAAAUUCCAAACUAUAUUGUCUAUAUAACAUAUAUAUUACUUUCAAUUCAAAUGUUAUCAUUUUCAGUUGCGUUCAUUAUUGAUAUAUUUAUUUCUCGUCUAAUGAAUAUAAAACAAUGUAUAUUUUUUUUACGAAAUAUUUUUCAUUUUUUAAUGACACCUUUUGUACUUAUUGGUUAUUCUUUAGUUGAAUUUUAUGCUUUACAUGAAGUUAUGAUACGAGGAAAAAAAGUUUGUAAACAUGGAGCUUCAAAUAAAAAUACACUUAAUUAA